GGGGAAUAUACGGAGAGGAGAGGGCUCACGGGGUGCGCGGGGAGAUUGAACAGGAUGCUCGAGGAGGAUGAACAGGGCGCGCGAGGAGGACGAGCAGGGUGCGGGGAGGAUGAACAGGGGGCAGGGAGAGAUAGGGAGAAGGUGCAAGGAGAGGAGUAUACGGUGAAGGCGUGCGGGGAAGGUGCCCCGGGAGCAGCGCGCGCGGGGAGGAUGCGCAGUUGCGCGAUGAGGGGAGUACACGGAGAGGGCGCGCAAGGAGCAUAAGAUGGGCGCGCGUGGGGCCGAGUGAGAGGUUGGGGGGGAGCAGGUUUCAGGGAGCGCAGUCCACGGAGAGGGCGGCGGGGAUGGUGCGCCGGGAGCAGGGCGCGCAGGGAGGAUGAGUAGGGUGCUCGGGGGAUGUGCCAUCCCGGAGGAUGCUGGGAGGGCGCUCAGACGGUGCGUGGGGAGAAUGUUCUGGGAGAGGGGUUGGGGGGUGCAUUUGGGCGCAGGGUGCACAGGGAGAGCGCUCAGAGGGCGCGGGGGUGCGGGGAGAAGGAUGUGCUUCCUGACCCCGCCACAGCCGCCUCGCUCCGGGACCCCGGCCGCCGCAGAGCGCAGCCGGUGUGACCGCCAGUGGUGGUGGGCAGAGUGGGGACUGGCUUCUCCGCAGCCCAAACCAGAGAACGCCUAGAACUCCUCCCUUUCCUUUGGGGGUGCCUUCCAGAGGCCCCCGGUCACUUCCAGAUAGUGCUCAGAGUGAAUGGACACAGUGCCUGAGCACUUGGCCUUUGACCUUUCCCCAAGGGGCUUCUUGUCCAAGAGCGAACACCUGCUCCCCACCACUGCCUGUUCACCUGUGGCCACUGGAAGAGUCUAGCGUCCUGCCCCUGCUGAAAGAAUGGCUUCCUCAGGGCUCCAAACAAAGAAGGGUGACAGUCACAGUGACCACCUCGUACAACCCACCAACCCAAACGUAGCAGCAAUGCAAGAAGACGUCCUCUACCAUUUCAGUCUCAGCACCAGCACGCAUGAUUUCCCCGCGAUGUUCGGAGAUGUGAAGUUCGUGUGUGUCGGGGGAAGCCCUACCCGGAUGGAGGCCUUCGCCAAAUACAUGGCCAAGGAGCUGGGCCUUGACCACCCAGGUGCAGAGUACCCCAACAUCUGCAGGGGGACCGACCGCUUCGCCAUGUUCAAAGUGGGCCCUGUGCUGUCUGUCAGCCACGGCAUAGGCAUCCCCUCCACCUCGGUUAUGCUGCACGAGCUCAUCAAGCUGCUCUACCACGCCCACUGCUCCGACGUCACGGUCAUCCGCAUCGGCACGUCCGGCGGGAUCGGUCUGAAGCCUGGCUCUGUGGUCAUCACCCGGCAGGCAGUGGAUGCCUCCUUCAAGCCAGUGUUCGAGCAGGUGGUCCUAGGGAAACGGGUGGUUCAGAGGACGCACCUGGACGAGGAGCUUGCACAGGAGCUGAUGCAGUGCUCUUUGGAACUGCUAGACUUCCCCACGGUCCUGGGGAACACCAUGUGCACCUCCGACUUCUAUGAAGGGCAAGGCCGUCUGGAUGGUGCUCUCUGCUCCUACACAGAGAAGGACAAGCAGAAGUACUUGCAGGCGGCCCACUCGGCCGGCGUCUGCAACAUUGAGAUGGAGUCUUCGGUCUUGGCUGCCAUAUGUGGUGCAUGUAGCAUCCCAGUGGCCGUGGUGUGUGUCACUCUACUCAACCGCCUGGAAGGGGACCAGGUCAGCAGCCCCCACGAGGUGCUGGUCGAGUACCAGCAGCGGCCACAGCGCCUGGUGAGCCACUUCAUCAAGAAGCGCCUCGCGGCCGCCCGAAACCCCCCAAAUCUCUGAAGAUGUGCGGGUACAAUCACUGCAAUUCAAGUCACCGUCAGGCGCCUGGAUGACCUCGGUUCUGGAGAACACACAUGACUCUUGAGAUCUCCAGGUCCUGAGUUCGAGCCCCACCUUGGGCAUAGAGAUUACUUAAUAAAUAAACAAACUUUUUAAAAAAUCA